AGGUUAAGAAGGAAAAAAAAGAAAAAAAAAACUCAGACCGUAUUGCUCUAAAAGUCAUGCCAGUUGUCUUCUCUAUGUGUGUGCGUCCAUGUGCGUGUUUCCACGGCGAUGUCUGGAGAACAGACUCGUACUGAAGCUCUGGCCGGUGCCAAGCAGCGACGCAGGAGCGAGCUAGAAGGCUAUUCGGCUUCUCUGGCUUCCCUCAAGCUCUCGCCCAUGUACCCGGAGGAGGAGCAGCAAGCAACAGGGGGCAUGUCCUCCACCGCACACUACCUAGACGGGACGUUCGACUACGCCAGCAACCCCCCGAACCCGUCAGUGGACUACUACUCGGCGGCCCCGGAUCUUCAGGUGGCCCCGGAGCCUCAGGAGGAAAACCUGCAGCCCCUGGGCGCUAACGGCUCCGCCAGCCCCAUGGUGUUCGUCUCUUCGAGCCCGCAGCUCUCGCCGUUCCUCAGCCAUCCUCCCGCGGGACAGCACGUGGCUCAGCAGGUCCCGUACUACCUGGAACCAUCAGGAACCCCCGUCUACAGGUCCAGUGUUUUAGCUAGUGCAGGAUCACGUGUGGAGCUGUGCAGCGCCACCAGCAGGCAGGACGUGUACACUGCAGUGGGGGCCUCGAGACCGUCGGGAGCUUCGGGGACCUCAGGAGCGAUCGGGAUGGUGAAGGAGAUCCGCUACUGCGCGGUGUGCAGCGACUACGCCUCGGGGUACCACUACGGCGUCUGGUCCUGCGAGGGCUGCAAGGCAUUCUUCAAACGUAGUAUACAAGGUCACAACGAUUACGUGUGUCCGGCCACCAAUCAGUGCACCAUCGACAGGAACCGCAGGAAGAGCUGUCAAGCGUGUCGCCUACGCAAAUGCUACGAAGUGGGCAUGAUGAAAGGAGGUUAUCGUAAGGAGCGCGGCGGUCGAGCGAUGAAGCACAGCAGGAGACACGGCGGCCUGAAGGAGCGAGAGCGAGGUUAUAACGAAGCCCAAAGCGGAUCUGAUGCGAGAGAGGCGCCUCCACAGGACGGCCGGAGCACCUCCGGGAUCGGGAGUGCGGUAGCAGGCGUGGUCUGCAUGGCCCCGGAGCAAGUCUUGCUGCUGCUUUUGAGGGCGGAGCCGCCCACCCUGUCCUCGCGCCAGAAACUCAGCCGGCCCUACAGCGAGCUCACCAUCAUGAGCCUGCUCACCAACAUGGCCGACAGGGAGCUGGUUCACAUGAUCGCCUGGGCCAAGAAAGUGCCGGGUUUCCAGGACCUCUCUCUGCAUGACCAGGUGCAGCUGUUAGAAAGCUCCUGGCUGGAGAUUUUGAUGAUUGGUCUCAUCUGGAGGUCCAUUCACUCACCUGGGAAGCUCAUCUUCGCACAGGACCUCAUCCUCGACAGGACCGAAGGAGAGUGUGUGGAGGGCAUGGCUGAGAUUUUUGAUAUGCUCCUGGCCACCGUGGCUCGUUUCCGCGCCCUCAAGCUCAAGUCCGAGGAGUUUGUGUGUCUCAAAGCCAUCAUACUGCUCAACUCUAGUGCGUUUUCUUUUUACUCCUCCCCCGUCGAGCCCCUGAGGGACGGCUUCAUGGUGCAGUGCAUGAUGGAUAACAUCACUGACGCUCUCGUACACUACAUCAGCCAGUCAGGAAUCCCGGUUCAGCUCCAGUCCCGGCGUCAGGCCCAGCUCCUGCUUUUGCUCUCGCACAUCAGACACAUGAGCUAUAAAGGGAUGGAGCACCUGUACAACAUGAAGUGCAAAAACAAAGUGCCUCUGUACGAUCUGCUGCUGGAGAUGCUGGAUGCGCAUAGGCUCCGCCCCCUGGGCAAAGUCUCAAAGAGCUGGGCUGAUAGGGUCUCAAAUAUGCCUGUUACAUCCAUUAACCCAAACCGCUACAACCACCACCACUACCACCACCAAUCAGCAAAGCAGCGCCCCGCCGUGUCCCGCAGACUUACCGUCCAACCCGCCGUGUACUAACCAAAGCCCAAGCCCAUGAAAACAACCUCUGUAACGCGAGAGAAUUUAAACGCUAAAUACUCUUGCUGGUUGGUGUUACAGUUAGAGUGCGAAUCAAUCCAAAGUGUCCUAAAUUAUGAUUUUAUUAACUUAAGGAUUCUUUCCUUUCAACUUUAUUUAUGGAUUGGAUGGAAUGGAUUGGUAAUUUUCCCAUGAUGCUUUGACAGGCGUUUUUUUUUUCUUUUUUUUUUUCGUCAGACCCAAAAUUUAACCCCAAUUAUGCCACACCAAAGUUCUCUGGGGAGGAAAUUUGCCCCCAGCUGCUCCCAUUAGAACUUGAAAAUUAUCCGCAUUCUGGCUGUAGAAUUUGUAUUAAUUCACUUUUAGAAAAGGCAAAUCCAUAAAUUUUUUGACAUAAUCUAGUUUGAUUUUACAAUACACUUUGUCCAUCUGUCAAAAUGUUUAAGGUUGAGCUGCGAGCUAUGAAUGCACCGCGGUCUUCACUUCUUCAUCAGAAGUGAAUCUUCAUCCUCGUAGUUCUGCUUUCAAGGGAUCAAACAUGUGAAAGUCAGAUGCAGCGAGAUCAGGGCCUGUUUUUACAAAGCUUCUUAGAAUUCUCUCAGAGAGCUCCUAUCUUAGCUUAAAAAGUCCUAGCUGGGAGUCCUAAACUAAAAGUGAUUUAGGAAACUUCUCAGAGCAACUCUAAGUAAGGAAAGUACAAAACCCUUUAUCUUAGUAAGGGGGUGCGGUUGACUCCGAUGCGAUGAUGUAGCAAUUCAAGGACUGAGAUUGGUUGAUAAAAAAUAACCUCUGACCUCUGUAACGGUCUUAAAAUGUGCUCUGUGACAGCCGGAGGCACAGAGAGAGCUGAUUGGCCGAGCUCUCUCAGGGGGGAGGGAUGAGAGGUAUUUGCACUCCCACAUUAAUCACGGCUCUACAGCCAAUCAGGGGCGUCUGUGAGCUUGCGCACGUGGAAGGAACGGUGCGUGAGCUAACAGUUCGAAAAGAUGCGGUCGGCUGACGUCACGCGGUUCGGAGGAAACACGGGAUAGUCUUCGCCCUCCCGACUGAGUGGUAGUAGUAGCCUUAAUGUGGGAGCCCCCUUAGUGACGCGGAGGAAUUGGCUACGACUAAAUUGGGGAGAAAAUUGCCCCCCCAAAAAAAAAAAGUGCUCUGUGAAAAUAGAAUAUAUGUUGCGAUUCUCUUAGUAUCAUGAUUUUAUAAUGAUCCCGAUUUCCUGAUUUUAUUUCUAAAUUCUUGGCAAAUCAUUUGCUCCUAUUACACACUCACGCUGCCUAAAUUACACUCACCUAAGGGAUUAUUAGGAACACUAUACUAAUACGGUGUUUGACCCCCUUUCGCCUUCAGAACUGCCUUAAUUCUACGUGGCGUUGAUUCAACAAGGUGCUCAAAGCAUUUUUUUUUAGAAAUGUUGGCCCAUAUUGAUAGGAUAGCAUCUUGCAGUUGAUGGAGAUUUGUGGGAUGCACAUCCAGGGUACGAAGCUCCCGUUCCACCACAUCCCAAAGAUGCUCUAUUGGGUUGAGAUCUGGUGACUGUGGGAGCCAUUUUAGUACAGUGAACUCAUUGUCAUGUUCAAGAAACCAAUUUGAAAUGAUUCGAGCUUUGUUUCAUGGUGCAUUAUCCUGCUGGAAGUAGCCAUCAGAGGAUGGGUACAUGGUGGUCAUAAAGGGAUGGACAUGGUCAGAAACAAUGCUCCAGUAGCCCGUGGCAUUUAAACGAUGCCCAAUUAGCACUAAGGGGCCUAAAGUGUGCCAAGAAAACAUCCCCCACACCAUUACACCACCACCACCAGCCUGCACAGUGGUAACAAGGCAUGAUGGAUCCAUGUUCUCAUUCUGUUUAAGCCAAAUUCUGACUCUACCAUUUGAAUGUCUCAACAGAAAUCGAGACUCAUCAGACCAGGCAACAUUUCUCCAGUCUUCAACUGUGCAAUUUUGGUGAUCUCGUGCAAAUUGUAACCUCUUUUUCCCAUUUGUAGUGGAGAUGAGUGGUACCCGAUGGGGUCUUCUGCUGUUGUAGCCCAUCCGCCUCAAGGUUGUGCGUGUUGUGGCUUCACAAAUGCUUUGCUGCAUACCUCAGUUGUAAUGAGUGGUUAUUUCAGUCAAAGUUGCUCUUCUAUCAGCUUGAAUCAGUCGGCCCAUUCUCCUCUCACCUCUAGCAUCAACAAGGCGUUUUCGCCCACAGGACUGCCGCAUACUGGAUGUUUUUCCCUUUUCACACCAUUCUUUGUAAACCCUAGAAAUGGUUGUGCGUAAAAAUCCCAGUAACUGAGCAGAUUGUGAAAUACUCAGACCGACCCGUCUGGCACCAACAACCAUGCCACGCUCAAAAUUGCUUAAAUCACCUUUCUUUCCCAUUCUGACAUUCAGUCUGGAGUUCAGUCUUGACCAGCACACCCCUAAAUGCAUUGAAAUGUGAUCGGUUGAUUAGAUAAUUGCAUUAAUGAGAAAUUAAACAGGUGUUCCUAAUAAUCCUUUAGGUGAGUGUAUGUGAAUAGUUCACAGUGCGCCACCUGUAGGAUUAUAGAGGAACUGCAACAUUUUACCACCUGAAAUGACACACUGUGAGUCGAGCUCUAGUUUUCUUGAGUGGAAGCAUCAGAGCCAUCAAAUGUAAUAUGUGUAAAGAUGUCGAUUAAGCUAAUUUUACCUUAUCAAAUGAUAAAAUAUUAUACGAUGUAACAUAAAUGCAGUUUAAACGAUAAAAAAGACUUGUAUGUUGAUCUGUAAAUGAGACGAUGGAAAGCUGUGAAAUAAAUCUGAUUAAAUCUGA